GCCUUUCCCUCUACUCACUUCCGCAAUACUCCCCCGGCGCACGCGCUCUAGGCCAAUGGCGUUCCUGCGCAGACGCAUUGUCUGCGCCCGGCCCCUCGCGCAGGCGCAGUGUCUAACGCUCAGACUCGAGCGCAGGCGUACUUGUCUGUCUCCCAUCUGUUCCUCAGCCCUGGAGCUCGGCGGGGUUUGGGUGGGUCUCGACAGCGGCGGCACCGUCAGCAGCGAUAGUGACAGUGACUGCGUGGGGCCCGGACGGAAAUGGCGAUGGCGAUGUCGGACAGUGGGGCGAGCCGCCUGCGGCGACAGCUGGAGUCGGGGGGCUUUGAGGCGCGGCUGUACGUGAAGCAGCUCUCGCAGCAGUCGGACGGGGACCGGGACCUGCAGGAGCACCGGCAGCGCAUCCAGGCGCUGGCGGAGGAGACGGCGCAGAACCUGAAGCGCAACGUCUACCAGAACUACCGGCAGUUCAUCGAGACGGCCCGCGAGAUCUCCUACCUGGAGAGCGAGAUGUAUCAGCUCAGCCACCUGCUGACGGAGCAGAAGAGCAGCCUGGAGAGCAUCCCGCUCACCCUGCUGCCAGCUGCCGCCGCCGCUGGGGCCGCCGCGGCCUCCGGAGGGGAGGAGGCAGGGGGCGGCCCGGCCGGCCGAGACCACUUCCGCGGCCAGGCUAGCUUCUUUCCCACCCCCGGGGGCGCCUCCCGCGACAGCUCCGGGUCGGGCGAGGAAGGAAAGCAGCGCACUCUCACCACUCUGCUGGAGAAGGUGGAAGGCUGCAGGCACCUGCUAGAGACGCCGGGACAGUACCUGGUGUACAACGGGGACUUGGUGGAAUACGACGCGGACCACAUGGCCCAAGUGCAGCGGGUGCACGGCUUUCUCAUGAACGACUGUUUGCUGGUGGCCACCUGGCUGCCACAGCGGCGGGGGAUGUAUCGCUACGACGCUCUCUAUCCUCUAGAUGGUUUGGCUGUGGUCAAUGUCAAGGACAACCCGCCCAUGAAGGACAUGUUCAAGCUGCUGAUGUUUCCCGAGAGCCGUAUUUUUCAGGCAGAAAAUGCUAAAAUUAAACGGGAGUGGCUGGAAGUGCUGGAGGAAACGAAGAGGGCCCUCGGUGAAAAGAGACGAAGGGAGCAGGAGGAGGCAGCGGCCCCUCGAGGGCCACCCCAAGUGACUUCCAAGGCCAGUAACCCAUUUGAGGAUGAAGACGACGACGAACCAGCUAUUCCUGAGGUAGAGGAAGAGAAGGUGGACCUCUCAAUGGAAUGGAUCCAGGAGUUGCCUGAAGACCUGGAUGUUUGUAUUGCCCAGAGGGACUUUGAAGGGGCCGUUGACCUGCUGGAUAAAUUGAACCAUUACCUGGAAGAUAAGCCCAGUCCACCUCCUGUAAAAGAACUAAGGGCCAAAGUGGAUGAGCGUGUCCGACAGCUCACUGAGGUGUUGGUUUUUGAACUCUCCCCAGAUCGUUCCCUGAGAGGUGGUCCCAAGGCUACUCGCAGGGCAGUUUCUCAACUAAUCCGGCUUGGCCAGUGCACGAAGGCUUGUGAGCUCUUCUUGAGAAACAGGGCAGCAGCUGUGCACACUGCCAUCCGUCAGCUUCGCAUUGAAGGUGCCACUUUACUGUACAUUCAUAAGCUAUGCCAUGUCUUCUUUACCAGCCUUCUUGAGACUGCAAGGGAAUUUGAGACAGAUUUUUCAGGCACUGACAGCGGCUGCUACUCUGCCUUUGUGGUCUGGGCGAGAUCAGCCAUGGGCAUGUUUGUGGAUGCUUUUAGCAAGCAGGUGUUUGACAGUAAGGAGAGCCUCUCUACAGCAGCCGAGUGUGUAAAAGUGGCAAAGGAGCAUUGUCAGCAACUGGGUGACAUCGGACUAGACCUUACCUUCAUCAUCCACGCCCUUCUGGUGAAAGACAUCCAAGGUGCCUUGCACAGUUACAAAGAGAUCAUAAUUGAAGCCACUAAACAUCGCAACUCGGAGGAGAUGUGGAGGAGGAUGAACUUGAUGACUCCAGAGGCCCUGGGUAAACUCAAAGAGGAGAUGAAGAGUUGUGGGGUGAGUAACUUCGAGCAGUACACAGGGGAUGACUGCUGGGUGAACCUCAGUUACACAGUGGUGGCCUUUACCAAGCAGACCAUGGGCUUCUUGGAAGAAGCACUGAAGCUGUAUUUCCCAGAGCUGCACAUGGUACUUUUGGAGAGCCUGGUGGAAAUCAUUUUGGUUGCUGUUCAGCAUGUGGAUUAUAGUCUUCGGUGUGAGCAGGAUCCAGAGAAGAAGGCCUUUAUCAGACAGAAUGCAUCCUUCCUAUAUGAAACAGUCCUCCCUGUGGUGGAGAAAAGGUUUGAAGAAGGUGUGGGGAAACCCGCCAAGCAACUCCAGGACCUGAGGAAUGCAUCUAGACUUAUUCGUGUGAAUCCUGAAAGUACAACGUCAGUGGUCUGAUGCUUGGGUCUGUUUAUAUGUAUACGUAUAUGUUGCUUAUAUAUUAUUUAUAUUUAUAUUAAGUUGUAUUAGCAUAUUCUUUAUAGUCUCAAACACAGCUUAAAAAUAAAAGAUGCCCUCUCAGUUAGAAAUGCAAAAUCAAAAGGAGAAAGAAAAAGAUGUUAAAUUAACCCUAAAUAACAAUAACAUUGGAAUUAGUAAAAUAUAUAAUAUGCUUUUCUUUUAAAUCAUGCUCAUUCUCUAAUGAAUAUAUUAUCACAUUACAGCAUUUCAGCUUAUCCUUUGAGUCAAAACACACUUUCUCACAGUAUAUAUUAUGCAGCAGAGAAAAAUAAUAUCUAUAAAUACAUAGAGUUUAAGUAUGUUGUGAAACGUUUCCUAGUUCACUAAAAUGUUAGGUUUCUUAAAGGAGACAAUGCCGUAUAAAACACCCUGCUUUAUAUACUUCCUUAAAAUGCUUAAUAUACUUCACCUUAAAAUGUGAUUGAACAAUUUGGGGACAAGGAAGGAGGAGUUGAGAAAAUUGGUUUUAGGGUAAAUUUCAGUCAACAGAAUUGCUUCUUGAGAGUAGCUAGUGUGGACUCAAACACUCUGAUCCUUAUAGAAUACAAGAGGAAGCUUUCAUAAAAACAGUGCAGCAAACAUUUCUAAUGUAAUUUGAAUGGCUAAUGAUUUUCAGCUGCUAAUUAGCAGCUUUAUAAUAUUUGAUUUGGGAGCAUUUACUUGAAAAUCUUAAGGACUAUGAUAAAUAUUUUUUUCAGCAUAUUCCUGAAUUGUUUGAAUUUCCAGCUGGAGCUGUUGUCUUUUCAUAUUAAAAAAAUAAAAAUAAUAAAAAACAGGACACAUUGAAGAACCUGACAGCAGCUGGUGGUUUUUAGCUGUCCUCCCCCACUGUCAGCCUAGGUUACAGAGUGGUCAGACUCCAUGCCAAUCGGGCCAAGUUUUCAUUGAAACAUUUAUUUAAAUUUCAGGGUCUGGGUAGAUGGGAAAUUAGAAAAAAUCCUAUGCAAACCCCACAGUGUUCUCCGGAUGACUACUUUGGAGGUUUGUUUUUGGUUUUUUGUAACCGAGUGGAGAACAGAAAGGUGAGACACAGUGCCCAAGCGAUUUGGUGACUCCCACUGAAAUGCUCCAUGCUGCGUUUUUCUUGUUUUAGUUUUUAUUUUCCUUGUUUUGUUUUUAAAGUGAAUAUAAUGCUUACUUCAGAUUGUUUAGUAAAACAAAAAUAACUAAAGAAAUUUGAGCUUCCCAAGGUUUCUAACCUAUUGCUUCUAUUGUACUUGAUUAUAACAUUUCUCAUGCUUGGAGAGAAAUUGUGCUAAGAUCCAUUUCUCCCCUAGCUUCUAGUUGUCAUUCCUGUCCAUAAGUGCCAUUUCUGAUGCUGAUGACUUCAAAAGGUCAUUUCUUUUAUCUGAAUAAAGAUAGUGGUAUUAAGACUGUGGAAAUUAUGUAAAACCUAAAAUAGCUUCCAAAUAGUGGCUUAGGGAGGGUUGUAGAGCUCUUUCAGUUAAUGACUCAGAUGCCAGAUGAGCCCUUUUAUUUUAUUUUUACCUAUGCAUAUUUACAAGGUUGGAAAUGAUCAAAGUUACAGAUUUUCUUUGACUAAUUUUUUCAUAUAACUUUAGGAUUUUCUAGAUAAUAACCAUAUAACUGGAUAUCUCAGCUGACCAAAAACAGUUAUAGUUUGUCGCUUUUAAGAUCACUGGAAACUUGAAUAUGAUCAAAAUUUUGUGAUUACUUUGUGCUACUUACAGUUUCUAAAACUAUAUUGUAUGAAACAUGUAUUGUGUAAAUAUUUGAUGCUGGGUCCAUGAAAUGAUACUUCUGAAAUCAGAACUUCUCUGAAGUCAUGAAGUUGUAAAAACUUAAAUGUGUAUGCUCAGAUAUAUCAGCUUUUUAAAACUGGAAGUACAGAAUUUUCUUCUGUUAGAAUUUGUGUGUUCCUCAGUCAAAGUUAUAGCUGAAGGAAGUAGCUUUUGGUGAAUCAAUUAUUGUGGGGAGUUGAUUAAAGACCACCUAUGUCAUAAUGUACCUUUGCGCCAGGACAGAGCAAUGACAUUUUGUUCCUCAAAGUGGAGUCAGAGCUCUUCUCUCUAAUUCUUGUUUCAUUAGACUCCUGAACAAGUCAAGGAAUAGAAUGCAGUUACAGAUUGUCGAAAAAUAUAGUACAUACUGUAAUAUACCACUUAAGGCUUGAUUGCCCUUUCUUGUUUGCUUCAAAUGUAACACUGUCACUUGAGCGUGGAAUCAUAGACUUGAUUGAAAUAAUUACUGUUGAAAAACGAUACCCUGUGGAAUUAAGUCUCUUUUUGAUUAAAGCCUCAUUUCACUUUAGUGCUGAAAACUUACUUAUUUUUGUUUAAAAUGCUACCUGUUGUUAAAUUAUCAGCACUUGUAUUUUGCGGCUGGCUUACCUAGGAUUGGGAAUUUGGGCCUUGACAUGUAGAAUAAAAUCAGUAUAUGUACAUUUUGCUAUUGAUAUGCUGUGAUAUGAGGGAAUCUGAAAUGUUUUAUCAAAAUAAAGCUUAAAAUUUUUCUUACA